AAGUGUAAAAUAAUUCAAAAUAUUUCAACAAAAAAAAAGCAAAUAAAAACUAGUUAUUCUUGCAUCAUAUUAUAUUGACAACUUUAUAAAACAAGAUUUUCUGUUUGUUGAAACUAAAUAAAUAAAAAAGGGAAGAUAAAGAGAGAAUUUCGGAAUUUAAUUGAUUUGCAUAAAAAAACGGAAAAUUGACAGGCAGCGUUACGAGUGGAACGACGAUGACAAAAAGCCAGAAAAGUUCAUAGUUCACGUAAAUUUAUUCAAUUUUUGUGUGUGUUUUAAAUGAAAAUCAUCAGGAACAACGAUGUCGUUUAGCAGCGGAGCGUAACAACAAAACUUUUGAGCAAAAGACAAAUAUUUGACAGAAAAAAAAUACAAAAGUGUGAUAAUCUUUGUAAAAUUUAGCGAAAAGUUGAAUUUAUGUUUUAAUGAAAAGUUCUGUGAUAGAAGCCGAGCACAAUUGAUUCAAGCGAAAAAUGAAUUAAAAAAAUAAAAAGUCAGUGAAAAAUAAAAAAAAAGCAUUAAAUAAGACAAAAAAAAUGUUGUGGCAACGACAAUUCCGCGUGAAAAAUCACUUUUGCGUGUUUGCGAUAACGUUGUUGGUGCUUUUUUCGAUAAAUCUCGUGCUUUCCUUCAACGAUGAGCAUCCGCAUCGACAUCACACCCGGCACUACCAACACCAAUCGCAUCGUCGUGCCCGUGCAGGUCGCGUCAAGAAAAGCGGCGGCAUUGAUCCGCUCUUCUCAGCCACAAACAUCCGCGAAAAGAAACCAAAUAUAAUUUUAAUUCUCACCGAUGACCAAGACGUCGAGCUCGGUUCGCUCAAUUUUAUGCCACGUACGUUGCGAUUACUGCGUGACGGCGGUGCCGAGUUCCGACAUGCAUACACAACGACGCCAAUGUGUUGUCCGGCGCGAUCUUCGCUGCUGACGGGCAUGUAUGUGCACAAUCACAUGGUUUUCACGAACAACGACAACUGCUCGAGCACAACGUGGCAGGCCACGCAUGAAACACGUUCGUUUGCCACGUACUUGAGCAAUGCUGGUUAUCGCACGGGAUAUUUCGGGAAAUAUCUGAACAAGUAUAACGGGUCGUAUAUUCCGCCUGGAUGGCGCGAAUGGGGAGGACUCAUCAUGAAUUCGAAGUAUUACAAUUACAGCAUUAACAUGAACGGGCAGAAAAUUAAACAUGGAUUCGAUUAUGCCAAAGAUUAUUAUCCGGAUUUGAUUGCGAAUGACUCGAUUGCGUUCCUGAGGUCGUCGAAGCAAGCGAAUCAGAGAAAGCCGGUGAUGUUAACGAUGAGUUUUCCUGCGCCGCAUGGACCGGAGGAUAGUGCGCCGCAAUAUAGUCACUUGUUUUUCAAUGUAACGACGCAUCAUACUCCAUCAUACGAUCACGCUCCAAAUCCCGACAAACAAUGGAUCUUGCGUGUAACAAAACCAAUGGAACCAAUUCACAAAAAAUUCACAGAUCUCUUGAUGACAAAGAGAUUACAGACCCUUCAAAGUGUUGAUGUCGCUGUUGAACGAGUCUACAAAGAGCUAAAAUCGUUAGGAGAAUUAGAGAAUACUUACAUUAUUUACACUUCGGAUCACGGAUAUCAUCUUGGACAAUUUGGAUUAAUCAAAGGCAAAAGUUUUCCCUUCGAAUUUGACGUUCGUGUUCCAUUUUUGAUGCGAGGACCCGGAAUUCAACCUGCAACUGUCGUUGAUGAAAUCGUUUUAAAUGUCGAUCUGGCUCCGACUUUCUUGGAUAUCGGAGGUGUUGUGCCUCCCUUGCACAUGGAUGGAAAGAGUAUUUUGCCGUUAAUCUCCAAUAGACAGCGAAAUAUCAAAGAAAAAUGGCCGGAUACGUUCUUAAUUGAGAGUUCCGGAAGACGAGAGACGCCCGAACAGAUGGCAGAGAUAAGAGCAAGAAAUGCUGCGAUGAGAUUAGCUGCAAAAAUGAAUGAAACGGAAAACACAACGACUUUUGAGGAGGAAGACAAUGACGGAAGCGUCUCGCCAAGAAGUGCAUUAGCGGAUUUGUUGAAAAAAGACAUGAAUUUGUACUUUGGAUCGCAUGAAGAUGACGAGGAUGAUGAUGACAAAACUUUAUCUUCAAACGAGGACGAAUCUGAUACCGAAAGUGUCAAAGUUGAAGUAGAAGAUUACGGAAGUGAUCAUUCCGAGGUCAUUUCAGAAGAUUCUGGUGUCAAAACUGAUGACGAACCUCAACACGACCAACUUGACAACAAUCUCCCCAUGACACCGUUCAAAUCGAAAGUAGAUCGUCUCAAUAUCGAAUGUUCGGACCCGCAUCUCCUCCAAAACUGCAUUCCCGGUCAAAAAUGGCACUGCGUGAACGAGAACGGGCGUUGGCGCAAACACAAAUGCAAAUUUCACGCACAACUUCAGUCGCAUCUUGAUGCCGUUACGCAAUUUACAGCUCAAAACAAACGAAAUUGCGCUUGUUUCACUCCCGAUGGCGUCGUUUACACGCGAAUUGAUGCUUCGGCCUCACGUCGUGCCAAUUCUGUGCUGCGACACAAGCGAUCCGCGUCAGAUUUUGACGAUUUUGUCAGUGACAUGAAGUCGUUGAAGCAGCUGAACAUGAAUUUGAACGAAAAAGUGAAGGAACACUCGCAUUACAUGGACUUGUAUCCGGAUUUGUACGAAAUUAAUGAAAAAAUCGAGUCUCACAAACGCAGUAAGCGCGACAUAAAUCACAUUAGCUCCAUAAUCGAUGAUUUACAGAAGACUUUGGAUAGUGUCGAAAGCAAAUUCAGCGAUAAGAACGUCGUUUUGCAGAAAAAUUACGAAAAUGGCACGGAUCGUCUCGCAAAUAGUCCCGUAGCAAAGUGCUAUGUACGCAGCGACGGCAAAGUGAAUUGCUCAAACAUCAUCUACGAGGACGAACGAGCAUGGCGUCAAAGUCGACAACAAAUCGAUGCCGUAAUUAAUUUACUGAAAACGAAAUUAAAUGACCUGAAAGAUAUUAAGAAGCAUUUGAAAGAAAAUCGCCCGGCGGGCAUUCGAGACGAUGAAAUUGAAAAUACAUCCGCUGCAACGUACGACGAUUACGAAACCAAAGAAGAGAAUCCCGAUCAAAAUCCAAUUAGACACAAUGAGCACAAUGGCAGAAAAUCACACGACCAUCAUCAUGUGAAAGUAAAUAAUAACCGAAGAAAGCACAAAAUUACUCAACAAAAGAAGCAAGAAGACGACAACGAGGAAGGACCAUUAAUUGACAUGAGUCUUUUUGUCACGGAAUCACCUUCGCCAUCAACCUCGCAUGUCCCAAUGCGUCAUAAAAACCACAAAAAUCACAAUCACACCGCGAAACAUCAUCAUCAUCGUGCCCAGUCAACGACAAAUUCGCCAGAAAUUGUCUCGGAUCCGUCAUUUUAUGAACAAGAAUCAACAUCAAAGCCCGUAACAACCAAAGCAAUUGCCAAAAAUGACGAGGAUGACGAAGAAAUUGUGGGAGAAAUUGAAGAAGAGGACACAGAAACGACUCUUGCACCUGAAAUUUCCUCUACAACGGAACAAAAUUUCGGAUUUCGUCAAAGGCAUCGACACAACCAUCGUUUGGGUCAUAAUGAAACCCACACAAGUGACUUCCAUCAACAACGACAUGGCCUCCAUUCGCAUAAAAAAAUCAACGUUGAAGCUGCCGAAUGUUAUUGUGAACCAGAAGUUGCAAGCGUUCCUGAUGAAAAAGAAAUCGCCCGUGAAGCAAGAAGACGCUUAAAAGAAGAGCGCCAACGACGAAAAGAGCGAAAACGUAACCGAAAAGCCAAAUUGGAGAAGGAAUGUAUGUCCGAGAAGAUGAAUUGUUUCAGUCACGACGUUGAUCAUUGGAAAACGGCUCCCUUUUGGACUGAGGCACCCUUCUGUUUCUGCAUGAAUGCCAACAACAAUACUUACUCCUGCAUUCGUACCAUAAAUUCUACUCACAAUUUCCUUUAUUGUGAAUUCACGUCGGAGCCGUUUACGUUGUAUUUCAACCUGAGAAUCGAUCCAUUCGAGACGCAAAAUCGUGAACAUACACUCACGCCGGAGGAACGUUCGUACUUGCACGACACCUUGAGACACUUGGUUGCAUGCAAAGGUAAAAACUGCGUGUUGCCACGACAUCAUAUGGCGACGGCAGCGGCGGAAAAUCCAUUACUCAUGCAGACACCGGUUAAGGCAUCGAAGCGAAAGCAUCCAGAUUUAGUUGACGAUAUCUCUCCUAGCGGUUCCAAAAAGCGUAUUUCCAAAUGGCGAUCAAAUCGAAGGCAGUGGCAUGACAGAAGCGGAGGCGUUGAUAAUAUAAGAAAAUUUCGCUCCGGCAGAAGAUUUACCACGCCAUCGUGGAUACAAAGAGAAUUAUAUGAUUAAAUAAAUAAAUGAAAAAAUUUGAACAAAAAUAAAUAAUUAUAGUGAUAUAAAUAUAAUUAAUAAAUAAAAUAAUUAAAUAGAGAUUAAUAAAAAAAAAUAAAUUAUUAAUUAUUAAAUUAUUUAAGCUCCUUUCAACAUUCACAGAA